CUCCAAAAAAUUAUGUUUUCGUGUCAAACGGGGCCAAUACAUAAAGUGCCAGAGCCCAAUAUUUGGUCCGAAAACUGGAGAGAUCCAAAUCCAAAUUCAGUAACGACUAACGAGCAACACUUUCCGCAGCUCAAUUAACGACCAACAACCACCGGAGAACUAGUCAAACCACCACUACUCACGGCGGAGCGCCACCCAAUUCAGAGCUGAUGGCCAGUCUCAUCGGCGUUUCAUCUUCUCCUUUUCCCACCCAUACCUCUCAUCUCGUGCCAUCUCGCUCUAAUUCCGUAUCUUCCCUCAUUCAACUCAAGAGAUAUUCGGUUCGGCGAUUGUUGUUGCUUCGAGUGAACUGCUCAUCGAGACAGGUCGAAGAUGCAGAGACAGAGUCGGAAUCUAAGGUGGUGUUGCCGGAUACUUCUGUUGAUACAGGCAUUUCAGCAUACAAUUGGUGUGCAGCUCUUGGAGGGAUUGGGUUUCUCGAGACUUCUUACUUGACUUACCUCAAGCUCACUAAUUCUGAAGCAUUUUGUCCUGUUGGUGAUGGUGGCAGCUGCGGCAACAUCCUCAAUAGCAGCUAUUCAGCUGUGUUUGGUGUUCCUCUUCCAUUGAUUGGUAUGGUGGCUUAUGGAGUAGUUGCAGUACUUGGGAUACAAUUGGGCCAGAAAAGCAGGCCUCUUGGAAUUGGUGAAGCUAACGGGCGUUUGGUUUUACUUGGAACAACUACUUCCAUGGCAGCUGCCAGUGCAUACUUCUUAUACAUUCUAAGCACAAAAUUCACUGGGGAAUUUUGUCCGUACUGUUUAGCUUCUGUUCUGUUGUCGUUUGGUUUGUUCGUCAGCAGUAUAAAGGGUUUGGGGUCUGAAGAGGUGCAAAAAGAUGUGGGUAUACUGUUACUUACAGUUCUUUUGGUGGUUUCCACCCUAAACAAUUCAUACAGUGUCUCUCAGCCUUCGAGUACCAGUUCUGCUAUGGAUGAGAUGGAAUACUUUAAAACGGAGAUCACAACAGAGUCUACGCCUUUUGCUAUAUCCCUUGCGAAACACCUGCGUUCAAUUGGGGCAAAAAUGUAUGGGGCUUUCUGGUGUUCUCACUGCCAGGAACAAAAGCAGAUGUUUGGACGAGACGCAGCAGAGCUACUAGACUAUGUGGAAUGCUUUCCUGAUGGAUUUAAGAAAGGAACUUCUAUGGUCAAGGCAUGUCAAGAAGCAAAACUUGAAGGGUUCCCUACAUGGGUUAUCAAUGGGGAGGUUGUGAGCGGAGAGAAGCAGCUUUCGGAGCUCGCUAUACUGUCUGGUUUCAAUAUGAAAGAAGAACUUACGGAGGCACCAACACAGGCUCUUACGGAGGCUAAAUGAACUACGCUGACCAACAGAGUGACAUAUUCUUAGGAUAUUGAAGUUUAUGAAGCAUCUUAUUAUUGCCCUCUGGAAUUUAUUUUGUUUCAUAAUGUAAUUAUCUUCUUAUGUUAUAAAACUGAAUAGAUAGUACGAUAAAGUGAAGGAUUCGAGUGGAUCAUCUUCCCAGUACAUACAUCAAGCAAAUACUAUUACCACAAGUAAUGAAUUUUGUGUUACUGUUUUCUUCUAA